CCGGAUCCCCGGGUGCCGGCGAGGGCAUCCAUGGCGCGGCCGCGGGUGCGGCUGGUCGUCACCGCGGACGACUUUGGUUACUGCCCGCGGCGGGAUGAAGGCAUCGUAGAGGCCUUUCUGGCGGGGGCCGUGACCAGCGUGUCCCUUCUGGUCAAUGGCGCAGCAGCGGAGAGCGCUGCAGAGCUGGCCCGCAGGCACCAAAUCCCCACGGGCCUCCACGCCAACCUGUCCGAGGGCCGCCCUGUGGGCCCGGCCCGCCACGGCGCCUCUUCUCUGCUCAGCCCUGAAGGCUUCUUCCUCGGCAAGAUGGGAUUCCGGGAGGCGGUGGCCGCCGGGUGCGUGGCCUUGCCCCAGGUUCGGGAAGAACUGGAAGCCCAGCUGAGUCGCUUCCGGGAAUUACUGGGCAAGGACCCUACUCACGUGGACGGACACCAGCACGUGCACGUACUCCCAGGUGUGUGCCAGGUGUUCGCAGAGGCGCUGCAGACUUACGGGGUGCGCUUCACGCGGCUGCCGCUAGAGCGCGGGGUGGCCGGCUGCUCGUGGCUGGAGACCUCGGCGCGCACUUUCGCCUGCAGGCUGGAGCGCGAUGCUCAGGCUGCGGUCGACCCUUUCUCAAGGCAUGGCCUAAGGUGGACUGACGCCUUCCUGGGCCUGAGCACUUGCGGCCGGCACAUGUCCGCUCACCGCGUGUCAGGGGCGCUGGCAAGGGCCCUGGAAGGUAUACCCGAGGGCCAUAUCCUGACGGCUGAACUGAUGGCGCACCCGGGCUACCCCAGUGUGCCUCCAACUGGGGGCUGUGGGGAGGGCCCCGAUGCCUUUUCCUGCUCUUGGGAGCGGCUGCAUGAAUUGCGUGUCCUCACCGCACCCACAUUCUGGGCCCGUUUUGCCCAGGAAGGCGUACAACUCUGUGCCCUUGAUGACCUGCACUCCAAGAGACCUGGUGAUGGGGAUCCUGGUGAAGCUACUCUGGAAACCUUCCUAGAGCCCUCUCACCUGUGACCCUGACAGUCAGCCAAGCAAACCUUUAGUCCUUCAGGAGUGGAGGCCAGGGGAGGAGUCCUUGGCACAGCCCAGAACCAUACUCAAUAGUGGGUUCUGUCACUACCCUGGGCAAGUCCACAUGGCUCGGAGUGGAGACCAGAGUUUUGGCAACCCCCUUUGGCUUCAGGAUGGACCUGUGACAGCCCUGACAGUGCCCGCCACUCUGCAAAAUGAGCAACUUGUUUAGGCACAUUUGGGAGAAAUUGCUUAUUAAUAAAAU